AUGUUUAGACCAACAUUAAAACCAAGACAUAUUAGUGUCAUACAAAAAAGGUCCAUCAUACUUAAUGCAGACCUUCAAGCCAAAUUAGCAGAGUCUGCUCACCACCCAGUCAUAGUCAUAGGUGGGGGACACGCCGGAUGUGAAGCAGCCACCGGGUCUGCUAGAUCAGGAACAUCCACAACACUAAUAACUCCUCAUGUGGACAAAAUAGGAACAGCAUCAUGUAAUCCAAGUAUGGGUGGUGUAGGGAAAGGAACCCUCCUCCGAGAAGUCGACGCAUUAGACGGUGUGGCGGCACGUAUAACUGACUUGGCUGGUAUUCAUUUCCGAAUCUUGAACAGUUCUCGGGGUGCUGCUGUUCACGGUCCCCGUGCUCAAAUCGAUAGAAAGAUAUACUUGAACGAAAUGCAAAAGGAGAUAUUGAACUAUCCUAAUUUGAACGUGUUGCAAGCUUCUGUCGAGGAUAUCAUUAUUGAACCAAGUGUGGACCAAGACAGCACUGGGAGGAAGUUUGGUACUGUUCGUGGUGUUAUACUAGGCGACAACACCAUAUUAGCCUGUGAUAAAGUCGUGGUCACUACCGGGACGUUCCUUGGUGGAGAGAUACAUAUUGGACUUAAGGCAUACCCAUCAGGUCGUAUUGGUGAAGCCGCUACGUUCGGCUUAUCCAAGACUUUUGCUAAUGCUGGAUUCCGUCUAGGCAGACUUAAGACAGGUACUCCAUGUAGAUUAUCAUCUAAAACGAUAGACUACACACACUUGCUACCACAACCAUCAGAUUUCCCACCACAACCAAUGUCAUAUAUGAAUGAUAAAGUUGCCUUACAAGAUCAAUUAGUCACAUGCCAUCAAACCAACACCACCCCAGAGUUCCAUGACCUCAUCCGUGCAAACCUAGACAAGUCAAUUCACAUCAGAGAAACAGUCAAAGGUCCAAGAUACUGUCCUUCCAUCGAAUCUAAGGUCAUUAAGUUUUCGGAUAAGUCACAGCAUACAGUCUGGUUAGAGCCCGAAGGAUUAGAUACCGACUUGGUCUAUCCUAAUGGUAUCUCGUGUACUAUGCCUGCCGAAAUACAGGAAAAACUUGUCAAAAUGAUGCCUGGCUGUGAGAAUGUAACCAUGGUGCAACCCGGAUAUGGAGUGGAAUAUGAUUAUAUCGACCCAAGAGAAUUAAAGAAUACAUUAGAGACUAAGUUAGUCGAUGGGUUGUAUCUUGCUGGUCAAAUCAAUGGGACUACUGGGUAUGAAGAAGCAGCUGCACAAGGUUGUAUUGCUGGUAUAAAUGCGGGAUUGACCCAGAGUGGGAAACAAGCAUUAGAUAUUAAGAGAAGUGAUGGGUAUAUUGGUGUUUUAAUUGACGAUUUGAUAACCAAGGGUGUCGAAGAACCAUAUAGAAUGUUUACUUCAAGAUCAGAAUUCAGAAUCAGUAUCAGAUCAGAUAAUGCCGACAGAAGACUUACGGAAAUGGGCUACCAAGCUGGUGUAGUUGGAGAAAAGCGUUAUCAGCAUUACACGGACGAAAUGAAACAAUUCGAACAAAUCAAAGAGCAUUUACAAAGCGUAAGAAUUAGUGGCGCUAAAUUAUCACCUUACGUGAAGAACAUUUCAACCAGACCAGGAUUUGUAGUAGAUGCCUGGAAAUUACUUUCAUACAAAGAUAUCUCAUUCGCCGACUUCCUUCCAUACCUUGAACAAUUCAACAACGGGAAACUUCCUUCAAUUUAUGAAAACUUGUCAGACAGACUCAUUAACAGAAUCACUGUCGAGGGAAAUUAUGAUCCAUUCAAAAACGCAGAAUUAAAACACUUACACGCUUACAACUCAGACGAGAACUUGAAAUUACCUGAAAAUUACACAUAUACCAACGUGGGAAAUCUCAAACUUUCUCAUGAAGUUUGCGGGAUCUUAAAUACCAUUCAACCAAAGACUAUUGGACAAGCAAGAAGAAUCCAAGGUGUUACCCCAGCUGCAAUUUUCGAAUUGUACAAAUUAAUCAAGCGAACUGCUGCUGUAUAA